AUGGGAACCGAAUCUGAAGCUCAGCACGCCACGCUUGAUAAAUUCCUCGUCGCCUGGGGAAAUUGGUCGGCUGCCGAUAUGAUUGCAAACUGGUCAGACGACUGUACGCAAGCGGCUCUACCGUUUUCCAUGGGCCAUCCAGCUCGGUCUCGAGCCCAAGUAGAGGCGACUCUUCCGCUCCUCCAACAAGUCGUCACCGACUACACACUUGUGAUUCACCAAGUCGUGCACGAUGUGCCUCAGCGCAAGGCCGUUGUAUAUGCACUGUCCUCGGGUAAAACGCCCUUUGGAGACUGGAACAAUGAAUAUGCCGUGUUUUUCAGCUUUAACGAAAACGGGCAAGAGAUUACAAAAAUCGAGGAGAUGGUUGAUACAGCGUUCAUGAAGGACUUCUUCCCCAAGUUCCAGCAGUAUAUGCGCGACCAGGCAUCAAAUGAGAAGCCAGCUUAA